AUGCUCGAAAAUCACAUCACGGCACUAUACUACAGCAACCACCUAUCUUCUAUUAAUGGAAACGCCCUAAAUCUCUUGCCUCACCAUUCUUGCCUACCCCCCUCAUCCCAGGAUGUCAUAAUACGGCAUAGCCUUGCCGCAGACUACUAUCUGGAUCACUUGUUAAGAAGUACACGUAGACUACUAUCUCUUGGUAUCUUCCCAUACCUCUAUCCCUGA